AAAAAAAAAAAAAAAAAAAAAAAGGGACAAACCCCAUAUGAAAACACCCAACGCCUUGGAUAACCGUGUCAGGCAUCGAGACCGUGCGAAGCGAAUCAUAUCCUCUUUCGGGACACCAAGACGAAAAGAAGAAGAAAAAAACGAAAAAAAGGAGGGUCAGGCUCUGAGCAAAUCGCAACCCCUCAAACGCUACGGACCGCCAAUCAACCCCCUUUCGGUUGCCGAGUUUAAUUUAUUACUCAAACGAGACCCCUGUUCUUCUCUUCUUUCGCGGAACAAACUCCAGCCCAACUGGGGUUCACCAUAUGGCGUCCUUGUUUUGUUUCGACUACCCAUCCCAACCUUUCAGAAUCCGUCCUCGCGGUCCUGCCUCGUCCUAGUCCCUGGCUUGGUCUGAGGCUGGCGAGUCGUGCCUACAACGUACAACGUACACUACAACGUACUUCCUACCUAAGGUAGGUACCUAAGGUAAGGUACCUUACCCACGACGAAGAACCUAGUCACAUCCACGUACCUUAGGUACAUAGGUACGUACAUACCCGACCUAGCACACUAACACUUUGUGGUGUGUCCGUGCUACUGGGCCUGGUUCAGGUCCAGGUCCAACCCAGUCCCCCAACCAG